AUGGCUAAGACUGCUUUUACUGAGGUGUAUCUGGCCACAAGUGCAAAGCCACGUUCUUCCCAUCAUUAUGGCUGGCUUGAUGGAUGGAAAGAUCCCAUCAUUAAGUUUUUUGGAAAGGUCUCCACGUCAAAGUACGAUGUACGAGGAAUUCGUAGAGAUGAAUCCCAUGAGUUGCCCGUACUUUUGCAAAAUCAAGAUAUAAACGGGUUAAAGAUUCUAGCGGUUCAAAAUUCCAGUAUCCUGCAGCAAUUUAAUAGUGUGUCGGGAGACUUGAUAUGGCUUCGCUUGAGUUGUUUAUGGAAUAUUCCUUCUACUCUUUUACUGAGAAGUUUAAGAGUGUUGGAACUUCAUGGCGUCAGCCCUCAAGAUUUCUGCAACUUGUUUGAUGAUCGUGAGCCUCCUUCCGAACUGCGUGCAUUGGAAGUCGCAUUGAAUGGAGAUUUUGGAAGCGCAAGCACGAGCACAGCUGGACCAUCCACAGCCGUGGUCAAAAAACAUGGUUCAACUUCAGAGUCAUUGCAGCCUCCAAUAGCUAUUCGGAAAUUUGAGGCGUGGUUAGGAAAGCUGAAUUUGAGGAAUUUGGGUAAGAUAGUUUUACAAAAUAUUCGAGGCCUGAAGACACUCCCAAUAAAAUUUGAGGAAGUAACAAAUCUGACACAUGUAGAUCUAUCUGGCUGCAGCGAUUUGGAGGUUUUGCCAAAUUCUUUUACGGAAGAAUUAUUGCAACUCCAAUAUUUAGCAUUGCGAGAUUGCAGGAAUCUUGUUCUCCAAGAUUUGGGAAAAAUCUCCACGCUUGAGUACCUCGACUUUCAGGGUUGCUCCAUGCUAAAGGAAAUGCCCAAAGGAACUGAGGUUCAGAAGUCUUUAAAGCAUUUAAAUGUGGUCCAUACUGAGCUGAGGAAAUUGCCUGACAAUCUUGAACAGCUGAAAGAUCUGGAAGAACUACAUAUAGGGAGCUCAGGAUUGAGAGAGAUGCCAUCUUCUCUAUAUAAUUUGAGCAGGUUAACAGAUUUAACUCUGAUAGGGUGCACUAAUCUACUUCUUAUUGGCAACUCUAUUGAAAAGUUAGUACAUUUGGAAAGUUUCAGAAUAUAUAAAUGUGGAAUGAGAACGUUACCUGUUGCAUGGGUGAAUAUGAAAAUUUUGGAUGUUCAAGAUUGUCCACUUGAUAUGGAGCAGUUGCUGACAGGAGUGGAUCCAGGAAAUAUGUCUCUGGAUAGUUCUGAGGUGGAGGGAAGUAUUGGUCAGAGUACUCAUCCAAAUCGCCCAGGUUGUUUAACAGAUUUAAUCAUAAGACACAGCCGCAUUCUAGAGAUAGACAUUCUUCAGGCCGAAAGUCUUUUUCCAAAACUUGAAAUUCUUGAUCUGUCCGACAAUCGUCUUUUGACAGAGAUUGGAAGGUUACCAGACAAUCUGAUAAGUCUGAAACUGACGAACUGUUCAAUGCUGACAAGACUGGCAUGCCUCUCUAACCUGGCAAGACUCAAAGUUCUUGACAUAAGCGGAUGUGGUGAACUAGAGACACUUAAUGUGGAAGGUCUGAAAUCAAUACUAGUUAUUAAAGCCAAUGAGUGUUGGAAACUGCGAAACUUUGAGUGUCUGGAUCUAUUGGAACAGUUAUCCUGUUUUCAAAUCUCCGUUGGAGCAUGGUGGAUGCCGUCGUCAAUUCCCAGAUUUCUGUUCGAAAGAGCUGGAGGAGUUUUGAAGGAGAUAGAGGGUCGCACGGAGGCGUGCGAGGCUUCAGUUUUAAUAGAGGAUGUCAAGCCGAGCGGUGAAUUGUGAGAUUGAAGUAUCAUUCCUUGGUCAUACUUACACCAACCACUCUUCUGGUUCGGACGAUACAUUACAUAUGCUGAUGUGGAGAAAAGAUUCAGAAGUGUUUAAUGACUUUAAAUUCUCCAACGAUGACGCAAUACAUUUCAACAUCAACGUACGCAAAUCAGAACGACGGGUUUCAUUUGAUAAGCCACGACUCCAAAGGGGAUGGAUGGUAGAAGCCAUAAAUGGGCAGGUUUCUAAGAAUUUGUUUAAUUUAUUUGCAUUAUCAUUUUUUUUAUAGAAUUUUGGAGUAGUAAUUUGUAGAGUUGGUGAUU